GGAUGUCUACCGCGCCGGAAGAGAAGAAGGUCCUUUUCCCAGCCAUCUUGUGGCUUCAUCUAGCGAAGUGUUCGCACCAAGCCUCACAGAAUCGGAGGAAAAUCCUGCUGAAGGGGCGCCAUCAUGCCCGGACAAAUGCAAGAAGGUUUUGGCUGUGCCAUAACCAAUCGGUUCGACCAGUUAUUUGACGACGAGUCGGAUCCGUUCGAGUUGUUGAAGCAAGCCGAGGUGAAGAAGAAGGAGGCUCCUGCUCCCGGUGCCGCCAAGACUGUAGCGCAGGCUGCUAAGCAGCCGAAAAAGGAGUCCCAAAAAGACAGAAAGGUCCCGCUGACUGACAAGAAGGAGGAAACCCAGGCGCCUGUCCCGCUUAAGAAAGAUGGUGCCGGCAUGAGGAGAAUGGGCCGCAAGCCGGAGGGCGAAGGCUUCAGACCCCAGGGCGGCCAGGGAGAGGGGCGCCCCCCCACAGACAGGCGGCCUGUGGAUAGGCGGCCCCCACGUCGCACCGACAGACCUGCCGGCGACGGUGGCGAGAAGCCCGAGGGCGGCGAGUUCUCAGUGGAGAAGCCCGUUGGUGACAGGCCGAUGAGAGGACGUGGCGGCGGCGGCAGAGGAGCCCGUGGCGGCGGCAGAGGCCGCGGCAUGGGUCGCAGCGACGGCUUUGAUUCCCGAGGAAAGCGCGAAUUUGAUAGACACAGUGGCAGUGACCGGUCUAGUCUGAAAGGUGAGGAGAAGCGGGGAGGAAGUGGAUCUCACAACUGGGGCACCGUCAAGGAUGAACUAAACGAGCUUGACCAAUCAAAUGUCACUGAAGAGAACCCUGAAGGAGAGGAGCAUCCACCCGCCGACUCUGAGAACAAAAGGGAGAAUGAGGUUGAGGAGGUGAAGGACGAAGGCCCCAAGGAGAUGACUCUGGACGAGUGGAAGGCCAUGCAGGACAAGGAGCGGACCAAGGUGGAGUUCAACAUCCGCAAGGUCAACGAGGGCGAUGAAUGGAAGAAAGGAUUUGUGCUGCACAAGUCCAAGGCAGAGGAUAAGAAAACCGAGCUGAUUGACCCUGAGAUUGAUGAGUCGAAGCUCGAUGAUGGGCAUCACUUCCGGAAGCCAGCCAACGACAUUACGUCCCAGCUGGAGAUCAACUUCGGAGACCUUGGCCGUCCAGGCCGCGGACGCGGUGGACCACGUGGUGGCCGAGGCGGUCGAGGCCGCGGAGCCCCCGGUGGUCCUGGUGGUCCCGGUGCCAGCGGUGAAGCCACUAGGCCAGUCCGUGGAGGAAGGACUGACAAGUCAUCUGCGUCUGUGCCCAAUGUGGACGACCCAGAGGCCUUCCCAGCCCUGGCUUAAGCCCCGGCUGCCGUCUCUCAGGCCUACAGGAGCCUCCUACGCACCUCCACUAUGAGGCUUGCAUGUUCCUGGAUCCUUCAGCAAAGCGACAUGAUGGAGAAGGGUGUCAUUAAAGUGGCACUCAAUGUGAGGACUGAGUUUUACCCAAUAAAAACAAAACGAAGAUGGAAAAAAAAAAACAGAAAUUAACAAAAAAAAAACAAAAAGAAAAGGACUUCUUGCUACUCUGGAGCAACUUAUUGGUAGAGGUUUUGUACUUGGAAACAAAGUAGCAGGGAUGUUUUCAUACAGUAUUUUUUUCAGAGGUUAUGCAUUGUCCAUUGAUAAAUUUUUGUAAUUGCUGCUUGAAAAUAUGCAUUUCGAGGUGUAAGCAUAAAGAGUGUCUUUAGCUUGGUAUGAGCCAUUGCUUGCUCGCUUUUGAAAUAGGCACUGUGGAGCUCCAACCCAAGCUCAUAAGCUCUGUCACACCAGGUGUUUCUGAAGUUAGAGCUUCACUCAUUGAGAUUUACAGAUUUUUUUUUUCUUUAUUUUUUUUUUCUUUAGCACUGGGGUAUUGUUUUAUAUUUUAUACAGGAGGUCUAUUCUUCUAUGAUCUUCGGCCUGUAAAUCUUAACUAUUUUCAUAAAUUCUUUCAGAGACUGUAUUUCACAUGGUGCAAAUAGGACACGCCUUGGUCUUUUGAUCGAGGCAUGUCUACAUUUGAACGCAAAGAUGAAAUGGCGCCUAAAUCUGUAUUAAGGUUCUUUUGUACUGAAAUGUUCUGAAGGAGGAACAUUAGGUCAUUUUGGAGGAACACACUGGUGAUUACUCGACUAAAUUUUCAUUGAUCCCCGAGACUUUUGUCGAGUGGAUUCAUUUGAAGCUGAAAGUUACUAUGUGUUCUGAUUUACUUGUAUUUGGGGUGCUAAACGCCAUCUAAUGUCUCUUCCUCUCUGCCCAUUUCAUCUUUGAUUACUAGCCACGUGCAAGUCAAUAAAUGCAUUUUGUUUUUACUUUUUAAAGAGUGAUACGGAGAGGAAGUGUCAGUUGAGAGACAGUUGGGAUGUGGCUGCAGUCCUCUGGAAGCCCUCAGACUGUUUACACUGCACCGGAGCAUCCUUCCACAGACGUAAACUCAGCCCAGCUUCAGUUUGUUUCUGCAGUCUGUGCUGAUAUUUUCCCUCCAAUGUUGACUUGCCCUGUAGCUUCCACAGUGGCACCACUGCAUAAUUGCUCUGAAAGAAAUACAGUCGUUCAUUGUGUGGAACAACUGAAGUGCUCUACAAAUGUGUGAAUUCUAGCCCUGCUAUUAGAGACCUCUGUCGGUAAAUAAAGAUGGUCGAUAAAUUUUU